AUGUUCGGGUGUAGAACAUCAACAAUACGGACAACACUAAUAUUAUCAUUCUUUUCGAUCUUUAUUCAUGCAAAUUCACAAUCAACAAAUACGACGAAAACAAUAACACCAGGGCGAUAUGGGCAUUGUUCAGUAACAUGGAAAAAUGAAUUAUACGUCUUCGGUGGCUGGGACAAUUCUACAGACGAUCAAGGAAUUUCGACCACCCCUUUUUUCUACUCAACUACGCUACCAUUAAAUGUCAACAACGACAUAACUUGGACAUUUCUAGAUACCGAGAAUGCGUUAAAUGUUGGGUCGGCGGCAUGUGCUGUCACACCUCAAGGAUAUUUGUUAGUGCUUGGGGGAAUAGUUUCCCUAAGUUCUACAAAUGGAAAAGUUUCCACACAGGUUUAUGAUUUGAAUCAACGUGUUUGGAUCGAUUGGAGAAAGGUUAUGAAUAGUUCAUAUCCAGGAUUUGGCAUUAAUCCGAAAGCUGCUUUCAUCUCAGAUAAUCUUUUAUUGGUUUAUGCGGGAAAUACUGGGGUGAAUGAGGACCAAAAUGGGUCGUUAGUUCAGAUUAUUUAUUUUUUGAAUGUGACAACGAUGCCAUGGACUUGGUCUGAAGUACGAAAAAACCAAACAAUCGAUGCUCCAAUUUCCCAAGCAAUAGCAUCAGCAAAAGGUAACGCAUGGUUUCUCGGUGGAUAUUUUUCCGACAAUGUUGGAAAUAUUCUUGGGUUCUCGCAAAAAAUAUGGAUUUCUAAUCAACGAACUCAAUGGGUUUCCCCUGAUCUCACACUUCCCUACGGAAUAAGUGAUGGCGCAAUAGGCGUCAACAAUGAUACGUUAUUCAUGAUCGGAUUUUCUGAAACUCAAAAGUACUCACCGGUGAAUGUGUUUCCAUUGAAUAUUGCAAAGAUGCGAUUCGAAACAAAUAUUUCUUCUACGCAGUUGAAGAGUAGAUAUGGCGCGUCAUUUGUUCAGUUUCCUGGAUCGGAUGCUGUUCUGGUAUAUGGUGGCUGCGCUACCAUGAAUCUAUCGAUAUGUGACGCUCCAUUGAAUAGUAUUGUAAUAUUUAACAUGACAACACGAACAUGGACCACUAAUUACAAUAUCGUGAUAAAUAGUCAAUCAAAUAAUUUUACAUUACCGUUGAUUGAAGGGUUUGAUAUGAAUACAGAAAAUGACGAAAAUCCAAGCAAUAAAAACGACACCAACAAAAAAAACGGUCAAGAUAAUAAGGACGAUGAAGUUGUUGGGGAACCACAUCGCACUAUAGCAACUUGGGUAGUCGUAUUUAUAACAUGUCUUGUGACUCUUAUACUCUGUAUUCUAGCAUUCACAUCAAUAUAUUUCUGUCGGAAACGGAUAAAAAGUCCAGCCUGGCAUCUCGACAGUAUAAUUCGACCAUCUCGAUUUUCACGAUUCUCAUGGCAACGCUCCAACAACCAAACAACAUCAUCAGCGUCAAAUCAUGGGACACGACCGAAUUCCUCUAUCUUUUGGGCACCGUCUCGACCAUCAAAUCAGUUUAGUAGUGGCGGUAAUGUUUCGUUAACCGGAAGCACAAAAAUUUAUAAAGAUUCCGAUUCAACGAGAAGAAAUUCGCAAUUGUUGAUUGUGCCGAGUCUUCAAAUCGACGGCGAGAAACAGGGACCAGAAGAAAGUAAAGUAGAGUCUAGUAAGUCUGACAAUUAUACUUGGGCUGAUGGAGAAUUAACGUCACAUCGUAGGGCCACUUGGGACAUAAUUAUUUAA